GAAGAAGAGAAAUCUGAAAGCUGUUAUAGUGGGACAUGUUAAACAUGAACCAGUCAUGUGGACCUCCUUCACCCUGUUCCUGUUCUCAACCCUUUAGGCUUGUUACAAUUCUCAACCACAAACUUUCUCUUAUACCCUGUUUUGAUUUCUGAACAACCUAUCUCCAACACCAAUCUCUCUCAGUGGUUUCCAGCAAGAAAAAUUAGGAUAUAUUUAUUUAUAAAUAUGGUUGGCUCGGAGAACACACCAAGAAUUGGAUUGGUUAAAGCCCCUGUUAACUUAUUCGGCAACAAGAUUGCAGACGUUAAUAGUCAUUCGCUGAAAAAAGAUUUGUCAAUGAAGGACUCUUCAAAAGCAAAAGAACUCCACAGAGCAAGAAGGGAAAUUGGCAGGUACGAAGAGAGCACCCUGGCAGCAGAAUCUAAGAAAGCUGAAGCAGAAACUGAACUUUCUAAUGCUUACAAGACAGUGAAAGAUCUAUUUUCUAUGAUUGGGGAAUCUAGCUACAAAGCAAAAGCCCGAAUGCAUGAUAUAACAUCACUGAAGAAGUUUGGGAAGGUAAGAAGGAAUGAUGAUAAUGAGUAUUCAGAAGUGAUGAUAGAAUUGGACUAUGCUAAACGGGAAUUGUUCGAACUUAAGCUUGAUGUGGCUUCGGUUUUGGAAGAGAAACAGCGAGCUGAGAAGGAAAUUGAAGCAUCAAGAUCAAGCAUGCUGUCAUGCACAAGAGUUGCACAAGAACUGAGGAAGGAGAUUGAGGAAGCCAGUGAAGAACAAGUGGUAGUUGAAUUGGCGAGGAUGGACGCUUUGAAAGAACUGAGAGACACUAAAGCUCGGAGAGAAAAGGAAGCAAAGGAAUUUUCAUUCAAACUAGAAAGCACAAGGAAGAAGUUGGAGGAGGCCACUAGAGAGACAGAUGAGUCAAAAGAGCUUGAAACGAAAUUGGCUAUGACAAUGUAUGAUAUUUAUAUGUUGAAGAAUGAAUUGCAGUUGGUUAAGAAAAUGGAGAAACGAGUUGAAAGAAAUGAGAGCAUGGACCGUGUGGAAGAUGUUACUGUGUUACAGACAAUAAAAGAACAAAUAGAAACAGCAAAGAAAGAUUUAGCUUUGAUUAGAGAGAAAGGUUUUCAGUUUAUGGCCUCUAUGGAUGCCAUAAGAAAUGAGCUGAAGCAUGUGAAUACUAGCACGGUUAAUUCAAAGAAUGCGGAAUCAAAAGCUAGUUCUAAAGUUCGAAGCCUGAGUUCCAAGCUUUUGAGAGCAAAAUCUAAAUUAGAAGCUCUAUCUGCUGCUGAGGAAAAGGUCAAAUCCAUAGUCACUAAUUUAUCAUACACUCUUGAUAAGCUCAAGUCCGAAGCAGAAGCAUCCAAAAAAGAAAACGAGCUUACAAAUGAAGAGGUUAAAGCCACUAAAGAAGAGGUUAAAAAGGCUUUGUUAGAGAUUGACACGAGUGAGGAAAGAUUGCAAGGUAGCAUGCUGGAGCUAGAAGCACUAAAGUCAUCGGAAGUUUUAGCCUUGGAGAAGCUGAGAAGGCUUAGUGAGCAUGCCAUGAAAGAGAGAAGUUUAGCAACACAGCCCAGUUCCUUAAUCACCAUCUCAAAGUUUGAAUAUGAGUAUUUAACUAAUCAUGCAGCUGGGGCAAAGGAAAUUGCUGAUAAAAAAGUAGAAGCUGCCAAGGCAUGGGUUGAAGCUGUGAAGGCUAGUGAGAGGGAAACAGUGAUGAAGACUAAGAUAGCUGAGGGAAAAUUGGAGGUUUAUAGGAAAGAAAAGUUGGUUUCAAAGAGAGUUAUUGGUAAUGGUAAUGAAGAGUUGGAGAAUUGGGGAAGGAAACGGGAAAAGAAUCCAUCGAGGGAAUUGAAGCGUGGAAUGUCUCGAAAGAGCAUAAAAUCAGAUGGUAAGAUGACACCUUCAAGGGGAUCAAAGUUUCAGAAGUCUGCUUCACCAGCACCUCGUCAUCUCAGUCCUUUUCCUUUUGUUGUUAAGAAGAAAAAGAAGGUAAUCCCAAAUUUUACCAAGUUUUUUAGAGGGAAGAGAAACACUGCUUUUCUAUGAUGAAGUUGAGAAAGGAAAGUAUUAGUUAGGAGUUGAUGAAUUGAAAUGGCUGUUAUAAAACAUGCCUAUCAGUAAAUGCCAUAUAGCUAGUUACAUUAUAGGACUCAUGUUCUCGCUGCCUCAAGCUUUGUCAAUAGUUGUCUCCAUGCCUGUGUUUUUUUCUUUAUUUAUUUAUUUAUUUUAACAUAAUCAUAAUGAUGAUGUCCAAAUUUGACAUAAAACAUUAUCUAAAGGUUAUAAAUACCUUUACUUGUUAGAGUUAUCUGGGGUCCCAUUAAAAAUGAUGGCAUAUAGGUUAUUUUAUUGAUAAACAUUCCUACCCAAGAGAUGUAUAUAUCAUACGGUUUUUCUUAUAGGUGAUUAUCAUUGCACGUCUCUUUUUUGAGGUGU